AUGAGCGCGGAGCUGGACGGCGUGUCGGUGCACUCCUCCUCCUCCUCGUCGGGCUCGCUGGGCUCGGCGGCGGGACCGGCUCCGCGCCCGCUGUCGGCUAACGUGCGGCGGCUGCACCAGGCGCUGACGGCGCUGCUGAGUGAGUCGGAGCGGGAGCGCUUCAUCCUCUGCCUCAAUGCCUACCACGGCCGCCGCAACGUCUGCGACCUGGUGCGCUCUCUCCGUGCUCUCCUCGACGGGCCCCGCCGCCGGCAGCUCCUACCGCUGCUCCGCCUCGUCCUGCCGCGCUCCGACCAGCUCCUCUUCGACCAGUACACCGCCGAGGGGCCCUACCUGCCGCCGCCUGGCCGGCCCCCGCCUGCCCCGACCCCGUCGCCGGUGUUCCCCGGUGAGCUACGGCAGGUGACCCUGCGGCGGAGCAAAGCCCAUGAGGGGCUGGGCUUCAGUAUCCGCGGCGGGGCCGAGCACGGCGUCGGCAUCUAUGUGUCCCUGGUGGAACCGGGCUCCUUGGCUGAGCGUGAGGGGCUGCGCGUCGGCGACCAGAUCCUGGGUGUCAACGGCAAGUCUCUGGACAGGGUGACCCACGCCGAGGCUGUAAAGGUGCUGAAGGGCUGCAAGAAGCUGAACCUGUCGGUGCACUCGGUGGGGCGCAUCCCGGGGGGCUACGUCACCAACCACAUCUACACCUGGGUGGACCCCCAGGGCCGCAGCGUGUCCCCCCCCACGGGGCUGCCCCACCACCAGAACAGCUCCCUGCGCAAGGACAGCGAGAAGAGAAGCCACCUCCAGCUGCUGCAAGAGGGAGACGAGAAGAAGGUGAAUCUGGUCCUGAAUGAAGGGAAGUCCCUGGGCCUCAUGAUCAGAGGAGGAGCAGAGUAUUCCCUGGGGAUCUACAUCACCGGGGUGGAUAAAGGCUCGGAAGCAGAGAGCACUGGCCUGAAGGUGGGAGACCAGAUCCUGGAGGUGAACGGCAGGAGCUUCCUGAGCAUCCCCCACGAGGAGGCGGUGAGGCUGCUCAAGUCCUCCCGGCACCUGAUGAUGACGGUGAAGGACAUCGGGAGGCUGCCCCACGCCCGCACCACGGUGGACGAGACCCGCUGGAUCGCCAGCUCCCAGAUCGGGGACAGCCUGGUCAGCUCAGCAGGGUACGAGCUCCUGUGGGCACACACAGCCACCCACUGCGGGGCAGUGGGCAACCAUGCUGCAGAGGCAACAGCCAGGCCUGUGUUUUACCGGGGCCUGGCUGGCUCCCAGGUGACCCUGAGCAGCAUGGUGAACCAGACCAGGGUGAUGCUGGAGGAGCAGGCACGGCACCUGCUGAACGAGCAGGAGAGGGCCACCAUGGGCUACUACCUGGAUGAGUACAAGGAGGGCAACAUCUCCGUGGAUGCUCUGGUCAUGGCUCUCUUCGAGCUGCUCAACACACAUGCUAAGUUCUCACUGCUUUCAGAGGUGCGGGGGGUGAUCUCCCCACAAGACCUGGACCGCUUCGACAACCUGGUGCUGAAGAGAGAGAUCGAGUCCAUGAAGGCCAGGCAGCCCUCGGGGCCCAGCCUGGGCACUGACUCCUACUCCAUGAUGUCCUACAGUGACACUGUCUCUUCCUCCAGCAGCCACUUCACUGCCACAACCGUCAGCUCAGCCCGGAACACGUCAGAAAUGGAGGGAGGUGGAGACAGCCACCAAAGUAGCAUCAACACCCUGCCAGACAUCUCCCUGGAUGAUCUCUCCUCCUUCCCAGAUGAACCACCCAACUUCAAGCCUCCACCUCCUCCUUCAGCAGCUCAGAUGCUGGACCCCUCUGCUGCCCAGCACAGGAACCCAGGGAAAGACAAACCCAAGCGCCCUUCCUCCGAGUCCUCUCAGUCAGGCCUCUUCUUCGUGGCCCCUCGGAACCCCACGCCCCCCGCCAGCCAGCCCGACAAGGACACGCUCAGCAUGGCUUCCACUGCCACCACCUCCACCGAGGAGUCCGCCCCCAGUGCUAUCUAUGCCACCAUCUCCCCAGCCCCACACAGCUCCAGGAGGCAAAUGGAUGCCCAGCUCUCCCUGGUCAGCCAACACCCCAUCGGGCCCUUCCCCAGGGUCCAGUCCCCGACGAGGUUGAAGACCCCAUCCCCAGACAGCCCUGCAGCCGCCGGGCUUCGGAGCCCUCCUUCCCCGUCCCCUCCGCCUCCCCCGUCCCACCCUGCACCCCCUCCACCAGACAAGGGCAGCCCACAGGCCGUGGCCAACCAGCAUUUCAUCAUGGUGGAGGUGCACCAACCCAACAGCGAGCCUGAUGUCAAUGAAGUGAGGCCCUUGCCCCAGGCCAGAGCCUCCACGCUCUCCCAGCUGUCGGACAGCGGGCAGACCCUCAGCGAGGACAGCGGGGUGGACAUCGGGGAGGUCGAGAUGAGCGGCAAGGACAAGAGCCGGCAGCCGGUCCCUGGGAAAAGCCGAAGCCUCAAGGAGGCCACGAGGAGCGAGGGGGUGGCAGAAGGGGCUGCCAAGCCGCCAGGGCUCCUGGAGCCCACAUCCUGUCUGAUCCGAGUGUCCAAGAGUGCACCAACCUUGGGGAUCGCCAUCGAGGGUGGAGCAAACACGCGGCAGCCGCUGCCCCGCAUCGUCACCAUCCAGCGUGGGGGCUCGGCACACAACUGUGGGAAGCUGAAGGUGGGCCACGUCAUUUUGGAGGUGAACGGCACAGGGCUGCAGGGCAAAGAGCAUCGGGAAGCCGCCCGCAUCAUCGCUGAAGCCUUUAAGCUGAAGGAGAAGGACUACAUCGAUUUUUUGGUCACAGAAUUCAACGUCGCCCUCUAG